AUGUUCAACACUCUUUGGAAUAUAUUUUUUGCUCUGGUCCCCCUGGCCAUUUCUCCAGAAGCUAAGGCUGAAGUCCAGAAGUUGAUUGACUCCAACACUACGAUGAUGUUUUCCAAGUCCUAUUGUCCAUAUUGUAAAGCUUCCAAAAAGCUUUUGAAUGAAACAGGGGUUGACUACAAGGUUGUAGAAUUGGAUAAAAUUGAUAAGGGGUUGGAAAUGCAAGGAGCCAUUAAGGAGAAAUGGGGUCAAACAACUGUUCCUGCUAUUUUCUUUAAGGGAGAUUUAAUUGGAGGUAAUAGUGAUUUACAAAGUUUAAAGAAUACUCCUAAAUGGCCAUUUUAA